AUGGAAAGAUUCAACUCUUGGAGUACCGACAAGCUGGACUAUCUGGCCUCGUUUGCCGGAGGGGAAGUCCGAUCAUGCCGAGGCUCGGACCCUGCAGCCCCCGAGUGGGAUGACCCUGCAGGGUGUCUCAAGGCAAAACAAUAUCGACAAACCUUCAAGGUGCUGGAAAGAGAGCGUUCACGCAAGCACAACCACUAUCACUUUGCCAUUGACCACAACAUCGCAACUUUGGAAGUCAUGCUCAAAUGCUUUCUUCCAACGUCCGACCCCGAGUAUACCCCCUGUCACGAGAGGCCUCUGAUCAUCAGUGGUUGGUGGUACACGGCUGCAGUUCUGACCGACUCCACUACGGGUGAAGUUGUCUGGCAGCGUUCCAUCGUAAGCCCUUCGGUCACCUAUGUCAAGUUGAGCUCACCUGGGUUUGAGACACAGCAACUGGAGAGACUUGGCUACUUUUGGAUCGCUGUUGGUCCAUACACCAACUGGAUCGAAGUGGCAGAGAUCAUGCCUGACGUCUACAACACCCUCUGGAACAACGGCGUGGAGACGUUGUCUUGUAUCACUGAUCCCCGGUGUAUCGCAAAAGAGGACUAUGUCCCACCUGAGGGCGGAGAGGACUUGUCCGUUGGUGUGACAGAUGAGGAACGAGGUAUCAUUCCCCUUUGGGCCCUCAAUGUUGUAGACUAUUGGGGAGCACGGCCCAAGGAGAUCUCACACAACACCCACUGGUGGGGCCUCAAGGAGGAGGGGGAUUGGACGUAUCAACCACUGGGACAAGAAUGGAUCGCAACCCCUUGGCCUCUUCCAGCCGGUCAUCAUCAUCUCCCGUAUUCGAUGGAAGAAGAGUGCCUUGCUCGUCCCACGACACCCUUGGAGGAGCGGAAGGAUGCUGGGCUGAUCCUCGCCAAACGUUCAUCUUACUUCCACUACUAUCACGUCUCCCCGCCCGAAUUCUGGACCAACCUCACCCAGAAUGACGGAGUUGAGCUCAUAUCUGUGGCCAAAGUUGAGGAAGGCAAGCCGAUGCCGGUAGGGCUUGAGACCAUCGGUCAACAGACAGCUGAGGAUUACACAAAGUUGGUCGGAGAUGUCAAGGCUAUGGUUGGUAUUGGCAUACCCGUCAUCAGUCCAAGUGUCUACGCUGCAUGGUGCCAAGCGACCCCCGUCGUCAUCCCCAUAUUCCACGACGAGGACGACUCUUCUCCUUGGCACCCAUACUCGGGCUACUCACAACACGGCCCUGCUCUCAGCGUCGGCGAGCCGUACGCCUAUUCAUACCACUCCAAAAACUACCCCCAGCUCGUCGAAGCCGUCCACAAAGCCAUGUCCACGCCUAUUGAGCGAUUCAUCCCCGAUGACAUGCGCCUGUCGCAUACGAUGAAGGCGCUGGAGGCGUAUAUGAACAGAGAUUUGGUGAAGAUGAUGGAGUUGAAAGUGAAGGCCAAUGGGGGCAAGAUCCCGGCCCUGAAAGCGGGUUUGAGGGAGAGGUGUAUUGAGCUUGGCCGGUGUAUGCAGGAGCUACCACCAGGCCGGGUACCGAUUGGACCACCAUCGUUUUUGUUGUAUUGA